AUGGCCAAGAAGCGGAUUGCCGUGAUUGGAGCUGGAAUCAGUGGACUGGGUGCCAUCAAGUGCUGCUUAGAUGAAGAUUUGGAGCCCACCUGCUUUGAAAGAAGUGAUGAUAUUGGAGGUCUCUGGAAAUUUCAAAAAAAUACUUCAGAAAAAGUGCCUAGCAUCUACAAAUCUGUGACCAUCAACACUUCCAAGGAGAUGAUGUGCUUCAGUGACUUCCCCGUACCUGAUCAUUUUCCCAAUUACAUGCACAACUCCAAACUCAUGGACUACUUCCGGAUGUAUGCCAAACACUUUGGCCUCCUGAAAUACAUUCACUUUAAGACCAAAGUGCGAAGUGUGAGGAAGCAUCCAGAUUUUUCCUUCAAUGGACAAUGGGAUGUUGUUGUGGAGACUGAUGGGAAACAGGAGUCUUUGGUCUUUGAUGGAGUCUUGGUCUGCAGUGGACAUCACACAGACCCCUACUUACCACUUCAGUCCUUCCCAGGCAUUGAGAAGUUUGAAGGCUGUUAUUUCCAUAGUCGGGAAUACAAAAGUCCCGAGGACUUUUUAGGAAAGAGAAUUAUAGUGGUUGGCAUUGGGAAUUCUGGAGUGGAUAUUGCAGUGGAGCUAAGUCGUGUAGCAAAACAGGUAUUCCUCAGUACUAGACGAGGAUCAUGGAUUUUACACCGUGUUUGGGGAAAUGGGUAUCCCAUGGAUAGCUCCUUUUUCACUCGGUUCAAUAGUUUUAUCCAGAAAAUAUUAACUACAGCACAAAUAAAUAAUCAACUAGAGAAGAUACUGAAUGCAAGAUUCAAUCACGCACACUAUGGCCUGCAGCCUCAACACAGACCUUUAAGUCAACAUCCAACUGUCAGCGAUGACCUGCCAAAUCACAUAAUUUCUGGAAAAGUCCAAGUGAAGCCCAAUGUGAAGGAGUUCACAGAAACAGAUGCCAUUUUUGAUGAUGGCACUGUAGAGGAGAAUAUUGAUGCUGUCGUCUUUGCUACAGGAUACAGCUUUUCUUUUCCUUUCCUUGAUGGUCUGAUCAAAGUUACUCAGAAUGAAGUGUCCCUGUAUAAGCUUAUGUUCCCUCCUGACUUGGAGAAGCCAACACUGGCUGUCAUCGGUCUUGUCCAGCCACUGGGCAUCGUCCUCCCUAUUGCAGAGCUCCAGUCUCGCUGGGCUACACGAGUGUUCAAAGGGCUGAGCAAAUUGCCCUCGGUGAAGAACAUGAUGGCAGAUAUUGCCCAGAGGAAAAGGGCUAUGGAAAAACGAUAUGUGAAGACACCCCGCCACACAAUCCAAGUGGAUCACAUUGAGUACAUGGAUGAGAUCGCAACCCUGGCAGGGGUGAAGCCCAACCUGCUAUUCCUCUUUCUCUCAGAUCCAAAGCUGGCCAUGGAGGUUUUCUUUGGCCCCUGCACCCCAUACCAGUACCGCCUGCAGGGGCCGGGUAAGUGGGAUGGGGCCCGGAGAGCCAUCCUGACCCAGAGAGAGCGGAUCAUCAAGCCCCUGAGGACUCGAAUUACUAGUGAAGACAGUCACUCAUCCUCACAGCUCUCUUGGAUAAAGGUGGCACCAGUUAGCCUGGCAUUUCUGGCUGCUGGCUUAGCAUAUUUCAGAUACAUUCAUCAUAGUAAACGGAAAUAAAGGAAUGAACAUUGAGGGGAGAAAGCAUGUAAUAGUUUCUACUCACCCUGGAUCAUUGUUUCCUUUAUUUUCAAGGCAAUGACACAUGUCCAGCAUUAUGUAGUAUUGCUAUAACUGC